ACAAGAUCUGUAGACAGGCCUUCAUGUGUUAGAUCAGUGGAGUUCCCCUUUAAGCAAAACUCAAUGAAAAUUGAUUUUUUUUUUUUACCCCAUGAAUUAAAUGGAAACCAGGGCUGUCAGAAACGGAAAUAAAUCAUUAAAAAAAUCUAUAACUACAAAUCAUGUUUGAGCAGUAGUGUGCAGGUUAAGGAGCUUUAACUUUAGCUUUACAUUUUAUAUAUUUUCUCUUCUGUUUUUACAUUUGUGAUGGAGGAAGGCGGUCCUUUAGUAAUUUCACUAAUGGCUGGUGAUCUCUAAGAAUAAACCGGGCUCACCGUGGGACUGGCCUGGACCAGUCAGAGAUUCCCACGACCCCUCCUCUGCACACACACACACACACACUCACACACACAUACUCGGAGACAAAUCAAAACACAGGCUGCAUAGACGCACAGUCAGUGUGGAGACAGAGAGGCAGAGAGCAGCAGCUUUGCACCACUUUUAGUAAGACUGUUGUUUACUAUAAAAUCUUAAUUUCAGGCUCCGCGGCAGCUGCUUCCUCAAAACAACGAAUGGAAAGCGCCUUAAUCUGAGCAGGAAUUAGGCGAAAGUCUGUAUUUAACCGCGGAUCAAAGUGGUGGUGAGGACGCACGGCGUAGUGGGAGGAAUAACGCAACUCUGGGUUAUUUCUUUUGAUAAUGAGAAGGAGCCAGUUUGCUCGGAUUCACGUCCAAAACAAGCCUGAAGCCAGAGGAUGACAGCAACCAGUCCUGUCUGCAGCCCCACCUCCUCCCGCUCUACCCAGUCCUCACCUGUUUGCAUCCCAGCAUGCCACAGGCACCUGAGGAAAGGCAAAGCCCUCCAAACCAAGCUGCACCUGCGCUCUGCUCCAGGCGUUUGGUUGAUGCUGGGUGUAGCGGUUGUUUUAGUGGGGAUGAGUGUCGCGGUUGCAGGAUAUGUAUCCGCUGCACCAAAGCCUGUGGGUGGCCGAGGCAGCACCCACGUCGAGAGGAUGAAACUGGCCGGACCUGUUGUCAUGGGAGUGGGUUUGUUCAUCUUCAUCUGCGCUGCAACGCUGCUGUACGAGAACCGGGACCUGGAAAUCCUUAGGCGAAAGACACCUGAUGACCUUGAGGAUCUGCAGGGGGGAAACGGCUGGGAGGAUUCGCAGGAGCAGCCCAGCUUCAGCUGUCAGGAGCAGUGGGAGUGCAAAGAUGCAGAGCAGGAAUGCUGGGCCGCUCCGGCCCACACACUCCCCCUCUCAAACCAGAACUGUGGUACUCCUGUUCCUCUUCCUUCGCCUCACAGGAACAGGCACAACAUCAGCAGCAGGCCGUCACCGCCGCCUCCUUUGGACGCAGGAGGUAGAGAUAAAGAGGAGGACAAAGAGGAGGAGGAGAAGGAGGGAAGGUCGACCCUGCUGGCUCGAGUUCUGCACCAUCAGGAGCCAACUCCUCAACCUCCCUCCCCUUGCCCGUCCAUCUCUCGCUCCUCCGUCUACUCGGACUCUUGCAACUCUAGUGAAAUCAACUUCAACGUACGGACAGGCUCUUCUCUGUCGCCUCAACACUGAACUUCCCCAGCUGGUUCAGCUUCUGCUGUCCCAUGAAAUAUGCAUGAUGAGAUACAUUUUUUCACGUGCAGACUCACUCUAAAGACGAGACUAUGCAUUCCUCAAUAAACACAUGAAAUGUUUGUUGGUAUGUUUUAGUGCCUCCGAGUGGUGCAGUGGCUCUGAGUCACAAUCUGUGAAGGGUGUUUUUGUCCUACAUCGUUCUCUGACUCACCCACAUUUGAAAGAUUGGAGCUACGCUAGCUGUUGUUGAUGUCAACUCGCCAUCUUGUUGUCUUUGAACUCAGCAGCCAUGCCCAAACUCCCAAAAGCCACUGCUUGUUUGACCAUAUUAGGACGUGAGGAGGAUUGCUGAAAACUUCUCUGGGUGCCAUACUGGGAGAUGGACACGCUCACUCACUCUCUCUUUCUCCCUCUCUCUGUGACGCACACACAUCCUCUCUGCAGAGACACAGCGUCUAUAUUUCCUUACUGGAGAGGUUUGUUUAAGAGGAUGAGCCAGAUUAGGUCCCAAAUGAGUGUUUUAUCUAAUCUCACACAUACUGUAAUCUACUUUUUAUCUGAGGAAAUUGUGUCUCAAUAUAAACAAGAGAAGAACCUAAGGCCAAACUCCACUCACUUGACACCUACAACCAUGCUAUAAAUACCAGCUGGUGCUCAGUACACAUCUAAGUGUGGACUCAAGUUUUUUUUUUAACUCUAAUUCAACUUUUUUUUUGUUUUAAAUGUCAGCUGCUCAGUUUUCUCCCUUUUCUCGAGCGUGGUGAUGCGAGAUCUUAAAGAAUUUCAAUCAGAUGGUGGAUGCAAAAGAAAAGAGCAACCGUUUACCAAAAAAAAAGAGACAAAUCUGGUGAUGCUGUUAUGAGUUAUUCUUGACGCAGCUUAACUGAGAAAAGCCGUUCAGUGAGUCGUGUAACUGAAGCCUCGCUCUCCCACCAUCACCGACCUUUCAUCUCCUCUCUUUCUUCAUCAUCUUCAUUCCUACGCUUUAUUCAAAUACUUCGCCCUCUCCAUCUCGAUCCUUGGCUUGUGCAAAAAAACAAAAAAACUGCCAAAAUCGGACAAAACAAUGCGGAGUAAAAUGUUAUCGAGGUCCCAAUUAAGCAACAGUGAGCAUGUUUGAACAGGCAGAGAGGUAAAGGGGGUAGGAUUUUAAUUAUCGCCAGCAUUUUCUCCUCCAGCCUCUAAUUACACAGGGGAUCAGUCUGAAGGGUUUUAUAGGUGCUUUAGGACUGCAGAGUAUUUCCUUGUUGUUUGGGCCCAUGCUGGGAUCCUGCCAUCCAGAUGACGACUGAGACUGAAGUGUACAGUAAUUUGCAGCCACACAUUUCACUCACUAAAAACUGGCACCCAUCUCUCUCACACACAUUGAGUAGAGGUUUUUUUUUGUGUAGGUACAGUACAGUAUGCAGUUGUAAGAUGCUAAAUGUAUUUUUCAGCAGCAGGGAUGAGUGGUGGAGACGUGUCUGUAUCUUGCAACAAGCAGCAAGCAGCCUCCUUCACACUUAUCUCUUAGAAAAGCAGCUCUCACACAUACAGGAGUCCUUCCCAGUGUGAGAUGCUCUGAUGUGUUCACAUUUAGAAGGAAAGAUGAUGGAUUGGAUAGCAGCAACCCAAUUAAUAUUUUCAUUAAUCUGAAGAUUAUUUCCCCUUCGCCUGCCAGUUUUAUUUAGGUGUGACUAUCUAAAACCAAUGCAUUCAUGAAGGUAGAUAUUAUUUUACAGGCGUUGGUUCGGUUUUUUAUGAUCAUUUUAAGUGGCUGUUGUUUGUAGUAACAUUUAAAGGUCCAGUGUGUAAGAUUGAGGUGGGAUCUGUUAGCAGAACAUGGCAGAAAUGCAAUAUAAUAUUCAUGAGUAUGUUUUCAUUAGUCUAUCAUUACCUGAUUGUUGUGUUUUUGUUACCUUAGUAUGAGUGCUUUAUAUCUACAGAGGAAGGGCAACUUCUUCUAUGGAGACUGACAUCGUACGGUAGCCCAGAACGGACAAACAACACAACACUGAUAGGACCUUUCAUGGUUUUUGCAGAUUUUCUUGUUUUCUCACCAAUCAAAGUGACCACGUUGUUAAUUCUGCAUAACUUUACACAUUAAUAUAAUUUGAACAGGUGAGUUAAUAAAAA